CCGACGAUAUAUAAAUAUGUAGUGGAGGAUGGCGCUACCCAUCAAGGUCUUGUCAAUCUCGCCAAGACGGACUAAGAUCGAGCGCCCGCAUCGAUAGUUGCCUUUUUGGGAUACCUCUUGACUUUUGACUUUUGUAUUUUGUGAAUAACCAUGCUUACCAAGACUGCUUUGCUUGGUCUUGCUGCCGCUCAAGGCGCCGCCGCUUGGGGCGUCCUCGGCCAUGCGACCGUUGCGUACAUUGCCCAGGCCUAUGUCUCCAAGGACGUAGCCACUUGGUAAGUUUUGUGAAGGUGUACACAAUGCUGGCUGAGGUUUGCUAAUAUUUUGUAGGGCCCAAGGUCUCCUCGGCGAUACAUCCACCUCAUACUUGGCCAACGUCGCUUCGUGGGCUGACAACUACCGCAGCACAGCCGCUGGCAAGUGGUCUGCGCCUCUGCACUUUAUCGAUGCCGAAGACAACCCUCCUUCGUCCUGCAGUGUCGACUACAACCGCGACUGCGGAAGCGCAGGAUGCUCUGUCUCUGCCAUUGCCAACUACACCCAGCGCCUUGGUGACGGUAGAAUGAGCGCUGCCCACAAGGCCGAGGCUCUCAAGUUCCUCGUCCACUUCCUUGGUGACAUUACCCAACCUCUGCACGACGAGGCCGCUGAGCGUGGUGCCAACGACGUUAAGGUCACUUUCAACGGAUACAGCGAUAACCUGCACGCUGACUGGGAUACCUACAUCCCUCAGCAGAAGACUGGCGGUGGCUCGCUGACCUAUGCGAGCACCUGGGCCAACGACAUUGUGAGCCAGAUCAACAACGGUAUCUACAAGUCGCAGGCUGCGGGCUGGAUCAGCGGCGACACCGUUGCUACUGGCUCCGUCAUCAGCACCGCUACUCGCUGGGCAUCUGAUGCCAACACCUUCGUUUGCUCCGUCGUCAUGCCCAACGGCUUUGAGGCUCUCCAGCAAGGUGAUCUGUACCCUGACUACUACAACUCGGUUAUCGACACGGUCGAGCUUCAGAUUGCCAAGGGAGGUUACAGACUCGCCAACUGGCUCAACCUGAUUUACAGCACCAAGGUUGCCAAGCGCAGUGAACAAGUCGAGGACAUCGACCUUACUGGCCGCGACUUGCUGCCACCAGUCCGUGCCUUGAGCAAGGCUAAGCUUGCUAGACUUGCCAUGGACGGCGACUGCUGCACCGCUCGUGGUGAGCACAAGCACUGAUGAAUUCAACGAAAACAGAAAAGCGACCUUUCUUUGUAUUGCUGGGUUGUGAGAAGUAGCGUGGCGUUUUGGUAGGCGGAGAUAAGGCGGAGUUGUAUAUGAUAAGCCAUAGGCCAAACACUGUACAUAGAAAAUGCGUUACAAGUCUAUACAUUACCCAUUCAAUCCAUGUAGUCAAACGUACGAUGCGGUGAGGAACUAUAAUGUCACCAAUGAUCUUCCUUGCCGGUUACGCUGCGGAUACCAAGCUUGAGCGUCGCUAGUGAGUGGCUGAGCUCUAAUACCACCGUGUGUCACUGUGUCGUAUGGCGGCCACGUUCUGGAGCGUUGGAGCGACACACCCUGGAUGCUGAGGAUCGCCACGCUAACUGCAUUGCAUAGUGCAUGGUCGAAUGCAGCGAGUGGGUUAACAGGAAAACUUGCAUGAACUGGCGAAACCUGUAUGAAACUGAUUUGCAUCGGCCCGCGUCGAUGAAGCGACAGGCAGUUGGCCAGUCACAUGAUGGGCACCUGGCGCAGCUGGCAGACCUGUCUGGGAAAUCACCUGCCAGGCUUUUUGCUGCAAUAAAUCAAUAUUUCACAUGGUUGGGGCUUCGUCUCUGUUAGUAUAGGCUUAGCCGAAAUAAGACAACGGUUGGAUUUAGUUUAAUUUGAUCAAAGGGAAGACCUGGGAAUCGUUGUUGGGCUGCAAUUAAACAGCACAGGGAUACGUACCAUUCAAGGGGUGCCGCUUUUACUGUGCAGUGACGAGUGCCAAGCAGGGCCUGUACGUCUUGGCGGGGCAUUCUGCUGUUGCUAUCGCCUGAGCCAUCGUAGGGUUAGCUAAAGCGGCGUGAUGAGACGUGCCGGAUUGGGAAUGCUGCAUGCCCAGAAUUUCGGCGGCGCAUUCAAGAGGGAUGUUUAAUACUAUCAAAUUGACGACAAACUUGUGAGGUUUUUUUUUUUUAGGAAGAUUUGUAUUUUGUGUAUUUUGUAUUAUA